CGUUCGUUCUCUCCGCGGGUUGUUUCAAUAGAUGAUCAAUGGUGUAAACCCCUCGAGAUCUGGGUCUCUGUUGCAUUCGAGAUCUUUCUGCAUGACCGUGACCUAGCAGAGCUAGAGCCGUGCGUUACUGACCCCCCCUUUUCUGUGCUUGGAUUGCAGGACCUGUAUUUUGUGCUGAUCUCCGCGUCCCCACUUCCACUCCGCAGGGUGACCAGCAGCAACGAUGCCAGGCGUGUGGGACAGCUUCUCUUCCGCGCUGCCUCCCAUUCCAGAGCAGAGAGAGAACCAGCCCUCACCCAUCUCCCGGGGAAAGAGCUGGCAGCAGGAAGUGCCCGAUCGCUGUGUCAGAGCGGAGAGCUCCGACUGUGAAUCCCUGGACAGCAGCUUGAGCUGUGAAGGAGAUGUAGAGUACCUGGAUGAAGUUUCUUUGCCAGACUUUGACUUGUUAAAUGACCCAGAAGAUGAACUCCUAUGUAAUAAUCUCAUGAAACUAAUCCAAGUCAGUCUGAACAAAGCCAACAUCAAUUCCAGGCGUUGCUCCCGACUUGUGAUGCCAAGCCAACUCAUCACUCAAGUCAGCAAAGAGCUGCUUCACCUGGCUUAUAGUGAGCCCUGUGGCCUGAGAGGUGCCCUCAUUGACCUGUGUGUUGAGCAAGGGAAGGGGUGUCACAGUGUGGGGCAGAUUGCAGUGGAUCCCAAUCUUGUGCCUACUUUCCAGCUGACCCUUGUGCUAAGACUGGACUCCAGGCUCUGGCCUAAAAUCCAGGGACUUCUUAGCUCUGGGACUUCUUUCACUCCUGGUUUCAGUCAGUCGCUGAAGCUGAGCACUGGAUUCAGAGUCAUUAAAAAGAAGCUUUACAGCUCUGAGCAGUUGCUAAUAGAGGAGUGUUGAAGGUGCCUCAGAGGAAUAACUGAUCAUAACUCUUUGAACUGGUGUAGAGCACCAGGAGAAACUGAAGUGACAACUUAAGUGCUUUGAAAAAGUGAACAUAAGCUGGCUAAAAUGUGGCAACUCUUUAGAGUCACUAAGGUUGGGUUAAUUUGGAGCAUGAUUGUACAAUUCCAGAGGGAAAUAGUCCAAACAGAGAGCGAGGGCAAGGAGGAAGCUUGCUGGAAAAUAAAACUGCACCCUGCUUCCCUCACUCUCAGAGUGGGCAUGGGUAGCAAGUGAGUGCUAGCUGUAACCUUUUGGUGAUUGUAGGACAAUUUUAUUGUACUCACUACUUCAAUUAGUCUUGUGACAGUGCUGAUGCCAGACGCAGCAGCAGGGCUGCUUUGGGAGUAGACAGUCUCCCUAUUUCUGGCUGCUUUUUUUAAUAAAAUACAUUGUAAUCAAUGUGGUGGGGGGUUUUUUGUGGGGGGAGGGUGGUGCAUGUAUGAGUGAAUGGUGGUUAAACUUGUCUAAUGGGACCAAGUAUAUGUAUUUGGAUCAAAGAUGAUGCUCCACUACUGACAUUAGGGCAGCUAUAUAUAGACUCCAAGUGAAUGUAGAAGCAGGAGUUGUUGGGCUGUAAUCACUUCAUAUAUUUGAUGCUUGAAGAAAAUGCUGCUGGGAGCUGCCUACAGCACUCCAAUACUGCAUGCCAGAGGGAGGUGUGAUGUGAUGCUAGGAUGAGGGCAGGAACCCUCAUAAACAACCUAUAUGAUAUGCCAUGUAGUGCUUCUGUUGAUUACAGUUUACAUUAAUACACUUGAUGUUCAAGUGCAA